CGCGACGACGGCUCCGCGAGCGCCGGUCGAUCGAACCUCACGCGUCAUCGAACCCUUCCGAGCGUCCUAUCGCUCUCGCGUCGCGAAGCCGCGUCGACGGACUGGAGGGCGGGAGACGCGCGGACGCGUGGUGGAUUUGUUUGGAUACGCGCGAGCUGACGUCGGCAUAUCCAGGUUUGAACGAACGCCUCUUCGUCUCCGCGCCGCGCGUCGCUCGCGACGACGACGCGACGGGACGUCCUCAGAGUUCUCCGCGCGGCGGACGACGGAAGGAUGACCACCUCGAUGAACGCCGCGGUGGGAUUCCCGUCCAUUUCGCUUCACAACCUCCCGCCGCGGAAGCGUCUCGCCGCGCAGCUCAGGUUCGACAAAGCGACGGUCGCGUCCGCAUCCGGCGUGACCACGAGGCGGUCGCGUCGGAGACGCGACGCGGAGACGCGCGCCGCGGAGGCGCGCGCCUCGCUGGCGAAGAACAUCACGGGGAUCCGCCGCGCGCGCGGACGAGAGAACGACGACGACGGAUUCCUGAACGAGGGCCUCGCGCAGCGCGCCAAGCGCGCGCUCGCGUCGUUGGGACUGGGAGGGGAGAUGCGAAGGCGCGCGGCCAUGGCGGAGACGAACGCGAACGGCGAAGCGCUCACGCCCGAGGCCGCGUCCGCGCUCGCGGCGGCCAAGGCGAAGGGCGACCGCGCGUUCGCCGCGAGGCACGCCGCGGUCGCGGCCGCGGAGAUCGCCCGGGAGAAAGCGCAGGCGGCGAGGGAGCUCAUGCUCGUCCUCGCGCGCACGAAGGAGCAAGCGGAGGAGCUCCUGUCGUCUCGUACCUUUAUCACGUGA